AUGGGCACCGUUCGUUUCGCGAUUUUUAAGCCACAACACACGAGCAGCUUGUUUCACGAUUGUAUUUUGCAGACAAUUUUGCUGGAGAACGAUGUCAGUGCCUUCGAAAUGAAUCACAGUGGUGUGCUUACUUCACUCUGUACAUAUCUUACCAGUACCUCCUCAUUACAUCAGCCACCUCGUAAACUUCGUUUAAAACGUUUUGCUGCAGUUUUCAUGUCUCUACAUCCAGACAAUUUGAGACCAGCCGACGAAUCGGAAUGCUGGGCUGCAUUCGAAACUUUGGUCACAAAAUUGCUCGCUUCAGUGGCUCAGCAUGAACAUUUUCAGGUCAAAGUUACAGAUAUGGGCGGUAUUUUGACAGGUAGUACUGCAGGAUCGUUGCGUGGUGCCCAAGCGUUGCGUUUCUUCCAGACUCAUCAGAUUCGUGUAUGUGUUCGUUUUCUCAUAUUCCAUGAGGGGUCGUUGUCUGGAUCGACUGCCCAACCGAACCGCAUCGAAAUCCUCAUAAACGACGAAAGAGUGCCAGGGCACAUGUCAAUCCUUCAAGCACUGCGUCAAUACGGACAGGUUAAUUUGGGCGAUAAUCCUGACCAGUUGGCUGUUGCGACAGGACUGUGGGUGAAUACUCACACACUUUACUACAGGGCAGCUGCCCCAGUGCCGGCUGAUGCGUCUUUGUCAUUGCAAGAAUCAGCAGCAGCUGCAGCAGCUUCAGGCCACAAGGCGCCUGUCACUAAAAAUGAAAAGCGAGAAAAAAGAACCAAAAUUGACGAAAAGUUGUGGAUUGGUUAG